GGUUCUCCUGACUAUGCUUUCCGUUAUCUAUAUCUAUUUUCUUAACUGAUACAAAUCAGCCGCAUGACUGGCCUUCUGGCGACUUCUAAAAGCCUAUGGCAGAGGUCCUGGCGCUCGAAGCAAUCUCCUUAUCAUUCUGCUAUGAACGAUCUGGACGAAAAACAGCCCAGUGCCGGACCUGUCACCUUGGCUGUAAUUGGAUGCGGGCAACGAGGAAAGGCAUACGCUAAAUAUGCUCUUCAGUAUCCAGAUCGCUGCAAAGUGGUUGCUAUCGCAGAGCCUCGUUCGGAGACUCAAAAGCACUUUGCUGACUUGCACAGCGUCGAUAAUACGCUUGUAUUCCGCACCUGGAGAGACCUGCAUGCUGCCUCCGCGGAAACACUGAGCACUAUCGGAAAGCGUCUUGCAGAUGCUGUGAUUAUCGCCGUACAGGACCAUAUGCAUGUAGAGGUCACUGAGGCGUUCACGCAACAAGGAUACCAUAUCUUAUGCGAGAAACCCAUGGCCACAAACAUAGAAGAUUGCAUUAGAAUGGAAACGGCGAUCAAAAAGGCUGGGAUCAUAUUUGGAAUGGGACACGUGAUGCGCUACUCUCCUUAUAGCCAGGAAAUAUCUGAAAUCGUCCAGGCUGGGCGUCUGGGUAGACUAAUAAACCUCGUUCAAAUAGAGCCCGUUGGAUAUUACCAUUUUGCCCAUUCUUAUGUGCGAGGAAACUGGGCAAAGGAGGCCAACAGUUCGUUCUCUCUCAUGACCAAGAGUUGCCAUGAUAUUGAUAUCAUCUGCCACUGGCUCUCCCCAUCUACCCCGAUUCGUCAUUUUAGAAAAUCUUCCAAACCCGCUGAAGCCGGCGCUACCACACGCUGUGUUGACUGUUCAAUAGAAAAAACGUGUCCGUACAGCGCUAAGAGAAUCUAUCUGGAUCCCGUAUCUAAAGGCAACAAAGGAUGGCCUGCUGAGACAAUCGUCGACGGUAUUCCCGAUAUUGAAAACAUAGCAGAGGCUCUGAAAUCCGGUCCCUAUGGCAAGUGCGUAUAUGAAAGCGACAAUGACGUCUGCGAUAACCAAGUUGUCAACUUGGAAUUCGACAAUGGGAGCACAGCGUCGUUCACCAUGGUCGCGUUCACAUCUCUGAUAUGCGACAGACAACUCCGCAUGCAUUUUACGCACGGAGAGAUAGUUGGAGACAUGAAUAAGUUUACGGUCACUGAUUUUCGGACAAGAACGACAACUACGCAUGUUCCAAAAGAUGAGGGCGGUGGCCAUGGCGGCGGAGACCUUGGUUUGAUACGGUCUUUCAUCAAGGCUGUUCGGGCAGGUGAUCAGAAAGUCUUGGGUACAGACAUCGCGGAAAUCACCAGUCGAAAAGAAGGGCGGGUGAUUGAUUGCGUUGAAUAUGAAAAGUUAGCUCGAGAACGGGUGGCUGCAAAGGUUUAA